GCUGCCCCUUGCUACUCCCAUACCUCGGAGGCGGCUUUUGUAGAAGACUUACCUUUGCCGGAUCAAGGCAGUGUCUGCCUGGUCCGUGCGGGGCCCGCCCGGCUCAGGUAGGCUCAGAGCCCCACCCUGCGGCGGAGAGAGAGAGAGGGGAGUGCUGGUCUCAGAGUGGCGGAGGCUGGAGGACUGCCCCGUGGGACCUGGUGGAGAGGACCUCGGUUGGGAAGGGUUUUGCAGAGAGAGAGAGGUUACAGUCUGCUGCUUCGGAGUGCUGAUGACUUUCGAUAAAGUACAGAAACACAAGGCUGGACAGACCUCAAGGUCCAGUCAGGCCAGCCGCAUGGGGAAACUCUUGGGUUUUGAGUGGACGGAUGUAUCCAGCUGGGGGAGCCUGGUGACCCUGCUGAAUCGACCAACGGAUCCUGCAAGCCUGGCUGUCUUCCGUUUUCUCUUUGGGCUGUUAAUGGUAUUGGACAUUCCCCAGGAGCGGGGACUUAGCUCCCUGGACCGAAGAUACCUGGAUGGGCUAGAGGUGUGCCGUUUCCCCUUGCUGGAUGCCCUGCAGCCACUGCCUCUUGACUGGAUGUAUCUUGUCUAUACCAUCAUGUUUCUGGGGGCACUGGGCAUGAUGCUGGGCCUGUGCUACCGGAUAAGCUGUAUGUUAUUCCUGCUGCCAUACUGGUAUGUGUUUCUCCUGGACAAGACAUCAUGGAACAACCACUCCUAUCUAUAUGGCUUGUUGGCUUUUCAGCUGACAUUCAUGGAUGCAAACCACUACUGGUCUGUGGAUGGCCUGCUGAGUGCCCGAAAACGGAAUGCCCAUGUGCCCCUUUGGAACUAUGCUGUGCUGCGUGGCCAGAUUUUCAUUGUGUACUUCAUUGCGGGUGUGAAAAAGCUGGAUGCAGACUGGGUGGAAGGCUAUUCCAUGGAGCACCUGUCCCGGCACUGGCUCUUCAGUCCCUUUAAACUAGUUUUGUCUGAGGAGAUGACUAGUCUACUAGUGGUGCACUGGUGUGGACUGCUCCUUGACCUCUCAGCUGGUUUCCUGCUCUUCUUUGAUGCUUCAAGAUCCAUUGGCCUCCUCUUCGUGUCCUACUUCCACUGCAUGAAUUCCCAGCUUUUCAGCAUUGGUAUGUUCCCCUAUGUCAUGCUGGCCAGCAGCCCUCUCUUCUGCUCCCCUGAGUGGCCUCGGAAGCUGAUAUCUCACUGUCCCAAAAGGGUGCAAGAACUGCUGCCCCUCAAGGCUGCCCCUCAGCCCAGUGCUUCCUGCAUGUAUAAAAGGAACCGGGCCAAAGGUGGUCAGAAGCCAGGCCUGCGCCAUCAGCUGGGCACUGCCUUCACCCUGCUGUAUCUCCUGGAGCAGCUCUUCCUGCCCUAUUCCCAUUUCCUCACCCAGGGCUAUAAUAAUUGGACAAAUGGACUGUAUGGCUAUUCCUGGGACAUGAUGGUGCACUCCCGUUCCCACCAGCAUGUGAAGAUCACCUACCGUGAUGGCCGCACUGGCGAGCUGGGCUACCUUAACCCUGGGGUAUUCACACAGAGCCGGCGAUGGAAGGAUCAUGCAGACAUGCUGAAGCAAUAUGCCACUUGCCUGAGCCGCCUGCUUCCUAAGUACAAUGUUACUGAGCCCCAGAUCUACUUUGAUAUUUGGGUCUCCAUCAAUGACCGCUUCCAACAGAGGAUUUUUGACCCUCGUGUGGACAUUGUGCAGGCUGCCUGGUCCCCCUUCCAGCGUACAUCAUGGCUACAGCCACUUUUGAUGGAUCUGUCUCCUUGGAGGGCCAAGUUACAGGAAAUCAAGAGCAGCUUAGACAACCACACUGAGGUGGUCUUCAUUGCAGAUUUCCCUGGGCUGCACCUAGAGAAUUUUGUGAGCGAAGACCUGGGCAACACUAGCAUCCAGCUGCUGCAGGGGGAGGUUACUGUGGAGCUGGUGGCAGAACAGAAGAACCAGACUCUUCAGGAGGGAGAGAAAAUGCAGUUGCCUGCUGGUGAAUACCAUAAGGUAUACACAGUAUCACCCAGUCCUUCAUGUUACAUGUACAUCUAUGUUAACACGACGGAGCUUACAUUGGAGCAGGACCUGGCAUAUCUGCAAGAAUUGAAAGAGAAGGUGGAGAAUGGAAGUGAAACAGGGCCUCUACCUCCAGAGCUGCAACCUCUGCUGGAAGGGGAAGUAAAAGGAGGUCCUGAGCCAACACCUCUGGUUCAAACCUUUCUUAAGCGCCAGCAAAGGCUUCAGGAAAUUGAACGCCGGCGCAACACCCCUUUCCAUGAGCGAUUUUUCCGCUUCUUCCUGCGAAAGCUCUAUAUUUUUCGCCGCAGCUUCCUGAUGACAUGUAUCUCUCUUCGAAAUCUGGCAUUAGGCCGCCCUUCCCUGGAGCAACUGGCUCAAGAGGUGACUUAUGCAAACUUGCGACCCUUUGAGGCAGUUGUGGAGUCAAGUCCUUCAAACACAGAUUCUUCAAAUUCUAAUCCUCUUGAAUCAAAUCCUGACCACAUCCACUCAGAGUUCUAAAUGGGGCCAGACACUGGGUACAGAUAUGGGAGCAGCCAGUUACAGGACCAUUACCUAUGCAGUGGAAAUUUGUCAAAAAUCUUUACAGAUAUUUGAUGUACCAUAAUGAAAAUAGUAGCUAAUUAUUCCCAAGUGCUUGCUCUAUGCUAGGCACUGUGUGAAGCACUGUGCCUACAUACUCCUAUUUUACAGUUGGAGAAACUGAGGCUGAUAGGUAAUACUGUUUGUUCAGACAUAAACCUAGCAAGGGAUGGAUUGAUGGUUUGAACCUCCUGUAUGUCUUAAGGUUUUGCACCCUGCCUCUUGUAAUUUUUGGAGUCACAAUAAUUCUGAAAUAACAUAGCUUAAAACUUGUUUUCUUAAGUAUGAUUAGGAUGAUCAGGUUCUAAAUGCACAGAGAGCAGUUUUCACAAUUCUGAUUUGUUUCUCCUGUCUAUACAGCUGGUGAGUUUUUCCACUAGCAGUAAUGAGAAUAGUUAGAAUAGAGUUAAAACCAGUAAGGAGAUUUAGAUAAUUGGUAGGAGUAUUUUACUAAAAAUAAGCCUAAUAUUUAGCAUUAUUCUGUCAUUUAGUGAGAAGGUAAUGUGAAGUAUUAACCAAACUUGGUGAGGUAUUAGGGAAUGUUUGGUCACUUUGUAAGUUUGUAUAUACAAGGGUGAUAAUGGAAGCAAUUUAGUUCGUGGAAAUUCAAAGUCCUGGCACCAGGCUAGGAGUGAGAAUGCAGACUUAAAAACAACAAAAAAAAACUGGUCUUGGAACAGAGACUACUAGCAAAUUGGCAGUCCCAGUAUCUUUGAUAACGGAUUGCAUAUGUUUUCAUGCUUCUCUUCUCAUGCCCCACCCCACCUCACCCACUUGGAUGGUGGUUUCACCCCCAGGCAGCUUUUUCACUGUACACACUUGGAAUGAUUGUCUAUUCCAUCAUUUCUAGUGAUGCUUAGAUUUCUUCCUUGCCCGAAACCUUUACCUAUCUCCACCUGGAUAUCCCAGAGCUUUCAAACUCUGUCCUGACCAGAACUUACCCUCAUCCCCAACUCAAGACCUGCUUCUCCUUUAUUAGUGAAUGGCAACUGUAUUUUUCAACCAAGCCAUCUGAGUCAUCAGCCUUAAAUCUUUUCCUCACAUUUCUUAUUUCACAUCCUAGCAAUUCUACCUCUUCUUUCUUGUAUCUACUAAUUUGAUCUCUAGUCUGUUCUUUCAGCCUUUAUACUGGAAUCUAGUUAGGGAGCCCAGAGCAGACCUACAAUGCAGUUAUGCAAGUGGGGCCUGGCAGUGAGUCCUGAUUCAUACAAAGCAUUGUGUGCAACAGCUGUGCCACAGGGUACCUUGAGCACUUGGAAAGAAUUGUGUGGGGGAAACACUGGUUUCAAUAUUUUUGCACAUCUCUCAGUGACACAGUAUACCUCAGCAUUAUGUCUUUUGCCACUAAGUUCAGUUAUCUUCUGUUCCCCUAACCAACAUCACCCUCUUCCCUUUGGUAAGAAAAGUAGCUCUUCACUUUGAGAGAGGACUCUUGCAAAAGCAUUUUUAAUAUAGACAAGGAUGUUGCUAGUCCCCAAUUGUUAGUGUACCAACACUGAGACUCUCUCAGUGAAGAUGUUGGGAUGGGAUGGAAAGUUAAGUGUGGUCAUCUUAAUACUGGUAAAGUUGUUCAAGGGAGUAAAUCAGAUCCUGUUCAAGUGCAGCUGUUUUGUGAGUGGGUUAUCAGUGUCCUUUUGGCCAGAAGGCCUUCUGAGUUAAUAAUGCUCCUACACUUUCCUCCCUUCAAAAUUCUCUACACCGUCCCAUCCCUCCCACCCCUUAUAUAGAAGACAAACACCUCUCCUUAGGCAUCCUCCUAGCAAAUACUGAACAUAACCACAAGGCAGUUACUUCUAUGGUGCUGCCCCCACCAGGUUACAGGCAUCCAGUCUUCAAAUCAUCUUAUUCAGUGAACAGGCGUAUCUAACUUUAGACAGUAAUGCAUUAACAUCUAAAAACUUAAAAACAUCCUGGGGCUUGUCUGUCAUGAAAGCAGUUCUCAAGUUCCUGAGCAAAUUAAAAAGAUUUAAACUUGUCUCCCCUCCAUUUCUAAAUUCUUAAGCCUCCAGGCAAACAGGUAUAAGCAAGCAUUCUCUGGGUCUCAUGUCUGCAGCAGGUCAAAGCUGAACCACUACUGGAUUUUUUAUAUGCUGGUGUAAGAUGCCACCUGGCUCCUGUACCUUUUUAGCUCUUAGGCUCAAGAAAGGAUAGUUAAACCUGUGUGGACUUUCUGUAAGCUGCUACAAAUGUAGAGUAACCCUCUGGAAAUUCAUCAUCUGCACCGUUAUGUUAGUUCAUUUAUUUUGUUGGAUUGCAAGCUUGUUCCUGUUCAGAAACUUUUCAAAUUGUAAUGUGUAUUGAACACGUACUCACAGCUUGUAACACUAAGAUUAAUAUUUAAGGUGUAUUAAUUCACAAUAGUCAAGAUGAAAAGUAACAGGUUGCAGGUUCAGUCUGGGCCAGGGCAUU